AUGCCGAAAUGUGAUUACUGCGAUGUCUACCUCACGCACGACUCGAUGAGCGUGCGCAAAGCGCACAAUAGCGGACGCAACCACCUCCGAAACGUCGUCGACUACUACCAGCAAAUCGGCCACGAGAAAGCCCAGUCCGUUAUCGAUUCUAUCACCUCUUCAUAUGCGGCCGAGGGCCAGUCCUCGUCGAAUCCGAUGCUGGGCCAGAAUCCUGGCGUUCAGCCUAUGAUGCCGCCGCCGUUUGGUUUCCCGGGUGGUGUCCCCCCACCACCCUUCGGCAUGCCAGGCGGUCCCGGCAUGAUUCCACCUCCAGGAGGACGAGGCAUGCCAAUGCCACCGUUCCCCGGCGGCCCCGGCGCUCCCCCCUUACCAGGCCUUCCCUUCCCACCGCCCGGCGGCCUCCCUUUCCCUCCCCCGGGCGGCCUGCCGCCGAAUUUCCAGUUCCCGCCGCCGCCGCCUGGUGGUUUCCCUGGGGGGGCGCCGCCCCCUGGGUUCCCGCCUGCGCCGCAGUUUGAUGGGCAGCAGCAGCAACAGCAGCAGCAGCAGCAGGGAGGUGGUGAGAGGAGAUGA